CGCGCGUCGACAGGCACAUGCUCACGCAGGCCGUGCGCAGAGGCGUGCCGCGCGUGUCCCGCGGCGCGGUGUGGUACUUCCUGGCGGAGCAGGCGAGCCUGCGCCUGCCGCCGGCGGACGUGCGCGCCUGCCCGCGCUACCACACGCCGUACCGCGCGCUGCUCGCCGCGCUCACCAAGCACCAGCACGCCAUACUCAUAGACCUCGGUCGCACGUUCCCGAAGCACGGGUACUUCGCGGCGGCGCUGGGGCCGGGCCAGCUGGCGCUCUACAACAUCCUCAAGGCGUACUCGCUGCUGGACCCUGACGUCGGCUACUGCCAGGGACUCAGCUUCGUCGCCGGCGUGCUGCUGCUCCAUAUGGAGGAGGCGGAGGCGUUCGCGCUGCUGCGGCACCUGAUGUUCCGGCGCGGGCUGCGGCGGCAGUACCUGCCC